GCCACCGCCCCCUUCCUCUCUCUCUUUACCAGCCGGCAUAGCGCAUCUCCACUGGUGGAGAUCGCUCUGCGCCGUCGCUUUGCUCUCAGCAGCCAAGCCAGGCAGCCGGACGGAACCCCCAAAGAGGGCAGGCAAUCAGCGAACCCCGCAAGGCGAGGCAGCUCUGGGGAGGCUAAAAUGGCAGCGAAAGGCAGCAGCGGCAGACACCGCCUCGGCGCAAGACCCAACUUGCGCAGCGUCUGAUCGGAUAGCCGCCAAGGCUCCCCACCUUCCACCUCCGCCCGCGUGCCCUUAAGCGAGGCUCCCUCCCAGUGCUUCUCGCCAUCGUCCAAAAGGCACUGUGAGUGAAGCGAGCAGUUUAUACAUUGCGUGGCUGCGCUUGGAUGUCUGUCUGCUUGUCUCGCCUCUGCGAUCGUUUCAUUUCCCCCGGGCCAUUUGUCAUUUUGGGCGGUGGGGCAUUCCUGCGAGAGCCUGACAGCUUCUUCUCCGCGAGAGAGCUGCUCUCUUCCAGGAGGGGGAUCUCCUUGGCUGAUUUUCGUCGUUGGUUCUAGGCGUUGUUUCCCCCCCACUGAACCGCGGGUGGCGGCGGCGUUGGCGGCGUUAAACCCUAAACAAGACUGCUGUAUUAGCAAAGAUGGAAUCGUCAGCCGCGCUUCCCUGGCAAGCUGGAGGCUUCGUGUGGUUUAAGGCAAUCGGCUCUCGAAUUUCUCGCCCCGCGUCCCGUGUCUAAAACUGCAGCAGUCUUACAAAGAACUACCUUGCUUCAUGCAGCUUCUGUAGACUGCCAGAAAUCUCCAGUUGUGGCACUGGGAUGUAGUGAAAUAGUGCAGUUUUUGACCACUUCAUUUCAGUGCUUUUCUGUGAAUCCUUCAGCAGGUGUCAUGGCUGGGCUGUGGACAGCAGUCUGAGAUGAGCCAGGAAUCAGGAGCCAUGGGACAAGUCCAGUAGUCAGGAGUGAAGAGUUGAAGUUCAUGAGUUCGCCCAGCCUCAGUGAUCUGGGCAAGAGAGAGCCGGCAUCCUUGGAUGAGCGGGGGACCCAGCAGCGACGGGCCUGCUCCAACGCCACCUGGAACAGUAUCCAUAAUGGAGUAAUAGCAGUGUUCCAGCGAAAAGGGCUUGCAGAACACGAGCUUUACAAUCUGAAUGAAGGAGUCAGACAGCUACUGAAAACUGAGUUGGGAUCCUUUUUUACUGAAUAUUUACAGAACCAGCUGCUUACAAAAGGCAUGGUGAUCCUGAGGGACAAGAUCCGGUUUUAUGAAGGACAGAAACUUUUGGAUUCCUUGGCUGAAACAUGGGAUUUCUUUUUCAGUGAUGUCCUGCCCAUGCUUCAGGCUAUAUUCUACCCUGUGCAGGGAAAGGAACCCUCUGUCCGCCAACUAUCUCUGUUACACUUCAGGAAUAUUAUAACUCUCAAUAUUAAAUUGGAAGAUGCUUUAUCCCGUUCCCGAGCAAGGGUUCCUCCUUCCAUUAUUCAGAUGUUGCUUAUCCUACAGAGUGUCCAUGAAUCAAAAGGAGUGACUGAAGACUAUUUAAAACUGGAAGCUUUGUUACAGAAGGUUGUUUCACCUUACUUGGGUACAUAUGGCUUGUACUCCAGCGAUGGGCCUAUCACACACUCUUCAUGCAUUUUAGAAAAACGUUUCUUCCGACGAUCUAAAUCGGGGGACAUCCUUGCCAAGAACCCUGUGGUGAGAUCCAAAAGUUACAACAAUCCUUUGCUGACCCCAGUAGCUGAGUACGAAACCGAGGGUGCAGCCCCCAAUGGCACUGGCAUCCGAAGACACUCUGUUUCUGAAAUGACGUCCUGCACAGAGAUGCAGGGCUACUCCAAUCUCACAACCAUCACAGACAAUGGCUCAAAGAGCUCCAUGGUCACCAUGAAGAAUUCGCAGCCAGGAGAGUCAGAAAGGCUUUCUGCCAGCUCGAUGCAGUGCCCUAGCAACCUGAAUGCACCUGAACAACAAAAAGGACUCUUUUACCCAAGAGAUGACCAAAACAGGGCAUUUGAGCUGGCCAGGGACUCAGACUUGAUUGCCAUAGCCCCUACAGCCAGCCCUGAGAAUAUAGUGGACCAAAUUUUGGAGUCUGUCGACUCAGAUUCUGAUGGGAUUUUCAUUGAUUUCAGCCAAAGCUGCUCAAGUUCAUCAGGGUACAAUGUGGAUGUGAGCAGGCAGAGUAUUCUCUGAAGGAUUCUAGAUAAGAAUCCUAGUUUGUGCUUAGGAAUACAGGAAAGCCUCUUUUAUCUGGAUGGUGUUAGAAGGUAAUCAGAAAAUACUGAAUAGUCAGAAAAUUCAGAUAAAAAGGGUGCUUCUCAGACCAUUGGGACAUGAGAGGGACAUACAGAAAAAGCGGAUGAUCAUGGUUUAGACAAUGGUAAUAAACACUGAACCUUAGUUGUUGGAAAGUGUCCCUGUUCCACAGAUUUCUGAGGAGCUUUGACAGGCCACAUCAGCCACAGGCCAAGCCCAUAAAAGCAACACUCGGUUCCACAAGUGGCCAGCCUGGGGCACAGGUGCUACAUGGGGAACAGGCAAGGGAGCAUGGACCUGGGGUCUCCAGCCUGCCUCUGCUCUGUUAACACUGCUGCCUAUUCCCUGGAUCAACAGACUGGAGGCAAACUACAAUAAACUACCUAGCAUUGUGGAGUGGACAGCUGCGUGUGUACUGUAGUGCACACUAGACUUGCACUCAUUCUCUGGACUUGACUUGUGGCACAUUUUCCAAAAGGUUUGGCCACGUGUUUUAUUCCCUUCCCAUUCUUCUACCUCUUAGGACUGAUGUGUAGAUUACCUACAUGGAAUGGGUUGUGUCCCAGUAACAUCAGUGAACAGGAAUCAUGUGCAACUCGCAAAUGUGAUUACUUGUUUGGAAAAUAGUAACAUCAUUCACCUAGCCCACGUGGUUCCUGCUGACAGAUGUUAUCAGUGUGGUUUGGUGGGACCUAAACAGAUGGAUUGGUUCUCACUCCUAAAGGAAAGCAUAUGAAUUGGGCUGGAGGAUGUGUCUGUGUGAGAAUCUCCUGGGUUUCCAAUGCAAUGCUUUAACCUAAAACUGAAGGAAGAAAUUUCAGAAGAAGCAGGAUUAUUGAGGAAUCGGGGAGAAUGAGUCCUCAAUGGUAGUGCAAACAAGCAGGAAACCAGUGUGGGGAGAACACUGUGAAUCAGAUGCACUGAAAGAGCAAAUCAAGGGGCAGGUUAAUGUGCUCAUGCACACAGUUUGAUUUACCACUGGAUUACUGACACCCAAUGGCAUGUAGAUGACUGUUUGAACUGACCCCCUUAAAAAGCUGUGCCAAGUUAGUCACAAUUAACUUAAGCCUCAUUUGUUUUAAUUGGGACUUAGCCACUCACUUCAAUUGGGGUUGGGGCCAUUAAAUUUGAGUGAUAUGAAAGUUCUAUCUAUGGUACUUGAUCUGUGAUGACCCAUUCAUACUUUAGAAGUCAUCAUUUAAUGUUGCAGUCAUCCUGUAGAGAGCAUGCAUGUGUGAACCAGCCUGCAACACACACACACACACACCCCUGAAAAUGCCCUUAGACAUCUUACUAUCUUUGUAUAUUCCCAAACAGGAAACUGUUUCCUUUGUCAAACACUGUUGUUAAGUACACAUUUCCCACCAUGCUACUGAAGUCUCUUGAAUGGCAAUAGCCCCCCUCACAUUUUAUCACUUCCAAACAUAAAAGCAAAAACCAGGCUCUUUGAAAGUUAAGAUUUCUUUGGGAUUCAGAAGUAAGAAACAUUUGUUUUUAUUAUAAAGAGAUUGUGCUGGCUAAUAGAAUCUGAUGAUUUAUAAUGACCUUUUUUAUUUUUCUCAAUACGUCAGCGCUCCCUUUACCGAUCAGUGACUGAAAAGUCUAAACAGAAUUGAAAUAAAUAGUGUGCUAUAUAAA